AUGGCAUUGGAGGCCCUGUUCUCCCCUAUCCUUACGGAUUCGGUGGGAUUGGAGGCGUUGGAGGUGUUGGAGGUGUUGGAGGUGUGGGAGGUGUGGGAGGGGUUGGAGGGUGCAUUUGGCAAUUAUGGUCGACAACAGUUCGGAAGUUUCCGAAAAUCUUCCCGAAAAUCAAUUCAAAGAAAGUGGUUAUUAAGGGCUCAAUACCUGAGGAGAAGUAGACGAGUGUCGAGAAAAAGGAUAAGAGUCGAUACAUUGGUUUUGGUCACCAAUCAGUCCAAACAGAUUCUGUUGGGACUCAAGAAGCGAGGCUUUGGCCAAAACAAGUGGAAUGGAUUCGGCGGUAAAGUGGAGGUCAAUGAGACCAUCGAAGAGGCGGCCAAACGCGAACUUCUGGAGGAAUCCAAUCUGGAGUGCAAUAGUCUGACCAAAAUGGGAAUCUUAAGCAUGGAAUACAUGUCAGACCCGACGGCUCCCAAACACCUGGAAAUACAUGUCUUUCAUACGGAGGACGUGUCGGGAGAACCAAAGGAAUCGGAGGAAAUGAGACCGAAAUGGUUUGCCAUCGAAGACAUACCAUUUAAGGACAUGUGGGCCGACGACCCGCUUUGGUUGCCCGACCUGUUAAAGGGGUCACGAUUUAGGGGAUUCUUCAGAUACAGCGAUCAGUCGACUAUCAUUCCGAAAUACACGUUAGUUUUGGUGACAAACAAAUCAAAACAAAUUUUGUUGGGACUGAAAAAGCGAGGGUUUGGCCAAAACAAGUGGAACGGAUUCGGCGGUAAAGUGGAGGCCAAUGAGACUGUGGAAGAAGCGGCCAAACGCGAACUCAAAGAGGAAUCAAAUCUGGAGUGCAAUUGUUUGAACAAAAUCGGUGUUUUGAGCUUUGAGUUCGUGUCGGACCCGACGGCACCCAAACAUAUGGAAACACAUGUCUUUCAAACGGAUGACGUCUGGGGAGAAGUGCAAGAAUCAGACGAGAUGAAACCCAAAUGGUUUGGUAGCGAAGAGAUACCAUUUGAGGACAUGUGGGCCGACGACCACAUCUGGUUUCCAUUAAUGCUUAAGGGAUCCCAUUUUAGGGGAUACUUUAGAUUCAGUGAUCAGUCGACUAUCAUUGCAUAUACUCUCCAAGAAGUGGCCAAACACUCCAAACUCGAAGCCAUUCAAUACUAA